GGAAUUCGACAUGGAUGAACAUUUUUACUGCCGGGGUCUGCUCGUUCUCCGACCCGCGACAUCGGACAUGUGUAUCCGAAGCAGCUAGUCCGGGCCAGUUUUUUUUUUCUUUUUUCUCUCUUGUCUACCUGACAAGCCUGGGCACACAAGACAUAUUCAUGUACCGGGGCGAUCCAGCAAAUUCGUCUCCAUCACGAUGGCAUGGCAGUGCGUUGAUGUACAUGAUGCCCACCCAGUCCCGGGCCACCCCUCAUCCACGGCGCGGGAUCUAAAAUGGCCGAGGUGCGCGUCUUUUGUUGGCUGCGAUCCCACGUGCGCAGUUAGUUGUUCAUUACAUCUUCCCAGACCAGCCCAUCGCCACUCUUGUUCUUUGAUCAUUGAUGCACCUGGGUCCGUAGUAACCACAUCAAAUCCUCACAAACUAUUAUUCCGGCUGCUAUUUUAGUUUGACUUGUAUCCGCAAACAUGACCGUCUCUGCACAAAGUUCACCUUACAAGGUCCUCGUCGUCGGCGGUUCCUAUGCUGGCAUCUCUGCUGUCCUCAACCUGAUCGAUCUCUGCACGGGCAACAGCCCAAGAUGUGGUGCAAGAGUUGACGAUUCAGAGGCCUCCAAAAUUCCCAUCGACGUUGAUGUCACCAUCGUCGACGAGCGGGAUGGAUUCUUCCACAUAAUAGGCGCCCCUCUCGCCCUCGCAUCGAGCAGCUUCGCCGAAAAAGCCUGGGUAAAGUAUUCGGACAUUGCAGCACUGCAACGGCCAAACAUCCGCAUCAUCCAAGGCACAGCAAAGACCGUAGACCCGACCACCAAGACCGCAACCAUCACGCGGACGGACCCCGCGGCAGCAGCCCAACCAAGCUCGGACGAGAUUAUCGUCUACGACUUCCUCGUGGCGGCCUCGGGGCUGCGCCGCGUGUGGCCCGUCGUCCCGCAGUCCUUGCGCCGCAAGCAGUACCUCCUCGAGACGGGGUCGCACGUGCAGGCCGUGUCGGGCGCGCGCAACGGCGUGCUUGUCGUCGGUGGUGGUGCCGUCGGCAUCGAGAUGGCCGCCGAGCUCAAGCUCAUCCAGCCGCACGUCAGGGUGACGCUCGCGCACUCGAGGGACAGACUGCUGUCGUCCGAGGCCCUGUCGGACGAGUGCAAGGACGUUGCGCUCGGCUUGCUCCGCGAAGCUGGCGUCGAGGUCCUGAUGGGCCACCGGAUCGCGGAGCAGGUUGAGGUGACGACUGAGGAUGGUGGCAAGGCGGUGGAAGCGAGGUUUGAGAAUGGCCACAGGCUCGUGGUUGAUAAUGUCAUCAUGGCCAUCUCCAAGAGUGUGCCAACGUCAAGUUAUUUGCCUGUGGAGGCGCUGGAUGUCGAGGGUUAUGUAAAGAUCCAGCCCAGCAUAGCUUUCCCACCCUCGAUUCCCAACGCGGAGUACCACUAUGCGCCCGGUGACCUGGCUCACUGGUCCGGGAUCAAGCGCUGCGGCGGUGCCAUGCACAUGGGCUUCUGCGCAGCCACAAACAUGCACCAGCUGAUGCUGCAGGAGAUGAGCGCAGGACAGCACAUCCCCAAGCCCAUCAAGCUGAGCGAGUUCCCGCCCAUGAUCGGGUUGGCGGUUGGCAAAAAGGCAGUGUCGUACAGCCCAGACGCAGGGACGAAUUCGGGCGAGGAUGUUGCCGAGAUGUUUUUCGGUAACGAUUUAGGGUUUUCCAUUUGCUGGAAUUAUCUGAGGCUUGGGGGAGACAAGGAGACGGAAAAGAUUUAGUUCUAGGGCAAUUCCCAGUCGUGAUGACCGACUUGUUCGUAUGCAAGAUAUGUACAUGAAACUUUACGAGCUAUUUUUUUUUUUAAAAAAAAAAGAAACCACAUGCAUUUUUAGACUAUUUCUACUUUUUGAUUCCCAU